CUGGAGGGUUUCACCCCCCCCCCAUGUGCCGAAGAGAAAGACAUGGCAGCACUGUGUGUGCUCCUGUCUGCCACAUGGGGUCCUCAUUUUCAAAACAAACAAAAUGGCGGCGCGCAUGAGAUGGGGUCUUCAGCAGCUUUUACGGGCAAGAAAUACAGCUCACUUUAGGUUUCCAAACCAGACCAGCAGUUCAUACCACUCACUGUCCACGACCCAGAGCUCCAAAGGAGUUCAGUCUCACCCCUGGAUAGGAACCACACAUUUCACAAUAAGACACCUGGCCAUCCAGACUCAAGACACACCAAACCCCCGAAGCUUGAAGUUUGUUCCUGGUAAACCCGUCCUAGGAAGUGGAACACUUGACUUUCCUUCUCCAAGUUCAGCUGGAUGUUCUUCUUUAGCCAGGGACCUCUUUGAAAUUGAAGGAGUACAGAGUGUGUUCUUUGGGCCUGACUUCAUUACUGUCACUAAAACUGAUGAGGAUGUUGAGUGGACGGACAUUAAGCGUCAUGCUCUGGAGGUCAUUGCUAAGUUCUUUGAGAGUGGUGAGCCGCUAACAACAGGAGCAGUGCACCAUGAAAGCAGUCAUUCUGAAGAUGAUGAUGAUAUUGUGUCUAUGAUAAAAGAGCUACUGGACACCAGAAUCAGGCCUACAGUGCAGGAGGAUGGCGGUGACGUCAUCUUCAAGGGUUUUGAGAACGGAGUAGUCAAGCUGAAGCUGGUUGGUUCCUGCACAGGCUGUCCCAGUUCUACAGUCACACUGAGAAAUGGCAUCCAGAACAUGAUGCAGUUUUAUAUCCCUGAAGUGGACAAAGUGGAACAGGUGGAAGAUGAAGUGGAUAAAAUCAGUGCAAGGGUUUUCUCAGAAGUGGAGCGCAAAUUACAAGAAGAGAAAGUUCCUCAGCCAACACACACGUAAAAAAAGCAAUGCAUUAUUUCCUCACAUUACCAUUCCUAAUCACAAUACUGAAGACAGAAAAUUACACAAUAUACUAUUAAGAGUUCAGUACAUACUGUAUUCCCCUGUUGCCACGUAGAGGUCAUUAACUGUAUGCCUGUUUACAGAAGAUUCGAUUUGUUUCUGUCGAAGCAAAAGUAUUCUGCUCUGAUCGCUGUAAAUGGUGUUUCCUAUUUAUUAUAAAUACUGUAUAUUUUAAAAAGACUGUUUAAUUAAGAUGGAGAUUUUGUGAAAGUGUGUGACAUCGGUUAAUUUUGGGUAGAGUGAGUUUUUAUAAAAUAUUCUACUGGUUGCUGCCACAUACUUAAUAAAAAAGAAUCCACCAGUUUUUGCUUCGUAAUGCAUCAUAUAUAAAUGAAAUAGAUUUAUAUUGAUGCUGCAGUUAUUCAUUGAAGCGAGGUAUGAUAACAGUGUAUUUAUCCUGAAUUUAUGUGCUCUUAUC